GCCAUUUCGUGGACGCCAGGUCAGCGAGAGCUUUGCGGGAGCCGGGCGGGGAGGGGAGCGGGAAGCGGGAAGACCCAUCUGAGGGUGUGCGGAUUUGAGCGUCCGCUUUCCAACCCAAGAUCUCGAAAUGCAUCGUGAUUCCUGUCCAUUGGACUGUAAGGUUUAUGUAGGUAAUCUUGGAAACAAUGGUAACAAGACUGAAUUGGAACGAGCUUUUGGCUAUUAUGGACCACUCCGAAGUGUGUGGGUUGCUAGAAACCCUCCCGGCUUUGCUUUUGUUGAAUUUGAAGAUCCCCGAGAUGCAGCCGAUGCUGUUCGAGAACUAGAUGGGAGAACAUUAUGUGGCUGCCGAGUAAGAGUGGAACUCUCGAAUGGUGAAAAGAGAAGUCGAAAUCGUGGCCCACCACCGUCUUGGGGUCGUCGCCCUCGAGAUGAUUAUCGGAGAAGGAGUCCUCCACCUCGCCGCAGAUCUCCAAGACGGAGAAGCUUCUCCCGCAGCCGGAGCAGGUCCCUUUCUAGAGAUAGGAGGAGAGAGAGAUCACUGUCUCGGGAGAGAAAUCACAAGCCUUCCCGAUCCUUCUCUAGGUCUCGUAGCCGAUCUAGGUCAAAUGAAAGGAAAUAGAAGACCAUUUUGCAAGAGGAGUGGUGUACAGGAAAUAACUUCAUUUGACAGGAGUAUGUACAGAAAAUUCAAGUUUUGUUUGAGACUUCAUAAGCUUGGUGCAUUUUUAAGAUGUUUUAGCUGUUCACAUUUGUUUGUGUCGGAACAGUGACAAAGAUGUAAUUCUCUAUGAUUUGAAUGUAUUAUAUGAGGCAUGUAAUAUCAAGAAUUGUUACUUUACAAUGUUCCCUUAAGCAAAAUUGAAUUUGGUUUGAAGUUUAGUCUCACAUAGAUUGGUAAUAAACCUCUAACUCCUGCCCAGCUAAAGCUUGACAUUUAAUACCAUGAAAACCGGCAAAAAUUGAACGAAGUCUUUCCAUAGCUGGGAUAAUAGUAUGCAGCUGUAGUUGAAGAAGCAGUCUUUAAAAGCUGGUGUGAACACAAGCCAGCAGGUAAAAAUUAAGCUGCACUGUUAAACUAAAUUAGAGGUUUAAAAAAAAAAAAAACAAAAAACUUCUUCAUAUUGGGCAGGGGUGUCCAGUUGGUGUAGAAUUGGAAGUUGCAAGAAAGUUAGUUUAUCUUUGCUUUAGGUCAUAAGUUCCUUACGUGAUUGCCGUAUAUGAACACACAGCUCUUUGUAACAAUCUCUAUUUGGUAAUUUGAAACUACUCAAGAUACCAACGGCCUGCCAGUUUAAGGGUACAUUGUAGAGCUAAACUUUGAGUUACUGUGCAAGAUUUAUUUUUUUUCAUGCUGUCAUUUGUAAUAUGUUUGUGAGAAUCCUUGGGAUUAAAGUUUUGGUUACAAAUUGUUGUUUAACCUGAAAGCCUGUUUUUCCUUGCAAAACUAAAAUCUGUGAGCUUGGUAUCAAGUCCAGGUAUAACAUUCCUAUUGGAAGCCAUACUUCUAUUUUCUUGUAAAGUGCUUUUGAAUUAAUAAAAUAUUAGCAUAAUUGUGUAAUAGUCGAACCCACUAUUACCAUAGUUCUUGUCCCAUGGAAAUCAGUUGGUUACACAAACCUUAGAAGAAACAAGUGAGGCUGAAGGGAAUUUUUGGUUGUCACCUACGUGAUUGUUUGUACUUAACCAUUUUUUAGGAGUUAGGAGCCAGUUCAAAGACCAUGAUACUCUGUGACCAACAUUUUAAAAUAUAGCAACCUGGUACAUUAUAACCCGAAGUGAUCCUAUAAAAAAGGCUUUUAUCAUUAGCAUGAGACCUUUCCACAAAGCUUAAAAAUUGCUUCCAUUUUACAUAAUUUGAGGUGUUGCAUGGGAAUUCUAAAUUGAUCCAUCAUGAUGUAAAAUUCAAUAUAUGGUUCAAAUGUAACAGUGCAGAAUUGAAUAUGGAGGCAUGCAUAACCCUUCCUCUUAGAAAUCCAGAGGAGUUGUAAUUUCAAAUUUUUGUGCAAUUAGAUUAAAUCAUAAUGAAACAGUCUUGUGGCUUAGUUUCCUUAAAUGUGCUACUUAAAGGUAGUUUUGGAUUAUGCUGUACUGACUUUAAUAUAUGAAAGAUGAGUUAUUGCAUUGAGUUGAGCCUAUAAAGAUUUUCUAAGAUGUAGAUCCUAAACAAAUUGUUUCCAGUGGUCCUUAUUAACUUCAUGCAGAUACCAACAAAGGAGGAGAGUCAUUGGUGUCAGA